AUGGAGUCGGAACAUUGCGAAACGCACGGAAAAUUACCGACGACGGGCGAGUGUCCGUUGGUGCACGGGAGUGAUAAGGUAGAAAUUUCAGUGACGUAUUGCCGAAUGAAUCCACCAGGGGCGCAACGCGCUGGCGCAGACUUUGCCCUUCUCCUCCACUUCCGCCGGCUGUUCUCAGGCAGCCGGCAAAGCGCGCGCUACGGUUUAAGUUGCAUUUUAGAUGCGAACGAACGCGCAUCGUUUUGGGCUCGCGGUUCAAAUCGCGGUCACGCGGCACGUCGUCUCGCGAUCAAGCCUCAAGGACGAUCCGAGUAAGGCUUGAGUGAUUCUUCGUCGUCAUCAUCCUCGUCGUCAUCGACGUUAUCAUCUUCGUCGACGUAAUCAUCCCAUUGUCUUCGUCUUCGCCGACUGACUGAUCCUGCUGGCUGUGACUGCGCGACGCGAGUCGUCGCGGGUUCGGCGAGAUUCUUCGCGGUCCAUUGUUGCAGCGGCCAGGCUGAAAUCCGUGGCUGUCCUGACCCGCGAUUGUCGGUGAUUUUUCGAUUGGAUGCAGUUAAUUGAUCGAGACGGCGAGCGGAACGGAAUCUUUCUCUCUCUCUCUCUCUCUCUCUCUCUCCUUGCCCUCUCCGCUGCCCCGUUUUCUCUUGGAUAUUGGAUUGCGCGAAGGAGAGUGAAGCUUAACGACGCAGUGGACUGAGUCGAGUUACGGGACAGCGAGUUACUCCUGCGGGACCGUUCGUUCGUCGUAUCGAGGACCCUCGCAAUGCGCCGUUUCCCGCGCUUUCUCGCGCUGCAGCUCCUGCUGCUGGUGAUUCUGCUGGCGUGCCUCGAGAUGGGCAGCUCGACGAGGUCGCGCAGCCGGAAGAAGCCCAAGGUGAAUCUCUGCCACAUCAAGGACCAAACUGCUCCCAUGAACUGCAACUGUCAUUACCACCGCAACGCCACCGAUAUCGAAUGCUGGGUGGUGAAGCCGCUGGCGCGCGAGGAUCCGUUCUGGGGCCACUUCGCGUCGCAGACUCACCUGGAGAAGCUGCUGCUGAAGCAGCAUGAGAACGGCAUCCUCGACUACGUGCCCACGCAUCUGUUGCACCAGCUGAAGAACGUGCGCGCCUUCGAGCUCCUCUACGUACAGAUGCCCGACCUCGCCCGGCACUCCUUCACCAAUCUCACCGGCCUGUCCGAGCUCCGCGUCACCGACAGCAAGAUCUUCAAACUGCACGAGUACACGUUCACGAACAUGCGGAACCUCGCGAUCCUCGACCUCGGCAGGAACAACAUCACAGAGAUUGAAAGGAACACGUUCGUAGAGCUGCCGUCGCUGCGCGCUCUCUAUCUCGACCGCAAUCUGAUCAACCUGGUGCACGACCAGGCGUUCAAGCACCUGCCCUCGCUGCAGAAGCUCGUACUGAACCACAACAAGAUCGUCAACCUCGCUCGCGACUGCUUCUACGGGCUGCGCGGGCUGCUGCAUCUCGACUUGCGCAACAACGACAUAACGAUGAUCGGCGAACGCAACUUUGCGGAGAUGCCGGAGCUGCAGGUGCUCGAACUCGACGACAAUUAUAUCCAAUUCCUGGUGCCUCACGCGCUCGACGGUAUUCGCAAGCUACGCAGGCUUUACCUCAGCGGCAACGUGCUGUCGAACUUGGACCCAAACACCCUCGUGGGCGUACCCAACGUGCACUUCCUCGACCUGCGGCGUAACAACCUCAAGACCAUGAGCAUCGACAACAUCAAGCCGAUCAUCACUAACCUGUACAAUCAUAACAGCAGCCUCUACUUGAGCGACAACAAGCUGUCCUGCGACUGCAAGCUCACCUGGACCUGGAGUCUGCGCAACGAGACGAAGAACAUGCAGCUGAAGGCCCUGCUGGAGAAGCUUACUUGCCUGAUGGAGAGCAACAAUACCACGGAGAAGCUUCACGGCGAGGACCUGGAGAGGAAUCAGCCGCUGGAGAUGAUGCAGAGUCCCGAAGAGAACGCCGCCGAUAAUUCCAAGUACAGCGACGCAGGCGACGAGGACGGCAAUCGCGACGAGGAGGACCGCGAGAAUUACGACGAGGUCGAGCUCGAGAUUUCCUCGCCGCUCCCGAAUCUCAACGUCAAGACCGAGUGCGGCGGCAAGAUGUGCUACACGAAGCGGCUGUUCGACCUGAAGCCGGAGGACCUGCCGUGCCCGGAGUUCUCGCGGGAGGAUCUCAUGGCGUCGGAGCAGCCCUCCAGCCAUCACGAGAAAGCCCGCGUCGGCCUGUCCGGCUCGAUCUGGUUCAGCUCGUCGGCCCAGGCCGUCCGUUCCGUCCUCGCAGCCUCCUUAUUGCCGUUACUUCUUGUCCUCUUCACGUAGAAGCGGCUGCUGCGCGUGCGAGUCGACGAAACGAGGAGGGUAGCCGGCGAUCCCGGCCUUCCGGUAUCCCCCAGCGCGUGAAUGGCACAACACGUAAAACACGCUAAACUGAAACGGCCGUGUGAGAGAGACGAGUGGACUGUCGCGUGCUUGGGUGGCUGGCUGGUUGGGUGGUUGGCUGGCUGACUGCUGCGUGUGUGUGUGUGUGUGUAUGUGUGAGUGCGUGCGUGCGUGCGUGCGUGUGUGUGUGCGUGUGUAUGUGCGUAUGGGUGUGUGCACUUAAAUAGAAAACCGAUCGUAGACAAAUCGACUCGACGUACUUUCGAAACAGCUCGAGAAGCACCAUGGCGUACGCCCGUGAAGGUCCUUCUUUCCCACGAAGCGGGGGGGGGAUCAUCGAGUUCCGCCUCUCCCGAGGUAUCGUGGGUGACACGCGACCUUCGUUGGAUUUUUUCAGGCUCUUUCGGACGUGCGUCCGGAUGUCGCGUGACUCAUCGUCGUUCGAAGGUACACUAGUACGAGCGAAUGGUAAUGAUCGGCGGACCUGAAUUCAACGCGAGUGUCGAGGGAUCGGUGUCGACACAUCGGUGUGUAAACUCGGGAGCGAGCUCAAGUUAAAUCCGCUUGGUGAGACGCGCGCGAAACCCUUCGUCCUCCUUCUCCUCUCGCUCCUUCUCCACGUCUCGCAAUCCGGAUUGCGCGCGGCAGCUUUUUCUCCCCUUAGCUUUUCCCGCCUCUCUCGCCUGGCGCCUUAUCGCGUCUUCUCUUCUGUUUAAUGUCGUAACGAGUUUUACGGCGAUUGAACCGAUUUUACGAGGAUUUCCCGAAUCGACUCGUCGCCGUGUACAUGCCAGCCGCCAAUUCGAUCACGUCAGCAGGUAUUCUCGAAGACACUGCAGAGUGUCUACGUGUGGAACGCUCGCUCUUAUCUCACCGAAGAAGAAGGAGAGAGAGAGAGAGAGAGAGAGAGAGUUAAUGAAGAAGAGAGUAAUUAACUCUUGUUGGGUAUCGUGGGAUUUAUUAGACGCUUGAUUGACGCUCUCCCGAAAGCGAAGUUGUACUCGUAAGUACAACUUCACUUCACAUUCUCCGCUGUGUUUCUUCGCGUACAUUCGUUUCAAUUUUGCUCCCUCGAAUUUUAGCAGCUUUCGGCUUUAACAGCGGCGCACAGCGGUGCAUGUUAUGUUCCCUUUUCGAGGAAAAGUUUCGAAUUUCAAGAAACAUUUUCCGGCUUUCCGGUCUUCUUCUGAUCUUCGAGAAUUCCGAAAAUCUUUCAAUUCGCCAAAUUUGCGGAAGAAAGGGAGAGAGGAGCGAGAAGACGAAUGCGACGCGCGUAUAUUACAAAGAAUUAAAAUUGAAUUAAAAUUAAAGUUAUUACCCCGUGGUGUGCCCUAGACGAAGUUUGGCGUUCCAAGUUCAAGUCUCAGACGUAGACCCACUUUUGAACAACGUCCAAUGAAUAAAUUAUCAUCGGCGAUGAACGAAAGUAGCUUCGUCUACGCUUCUAAUAAACCACUCUCUUCAUCAGCCCUUCCUCUUGCCAAGUUCGCCCUUCUCACUCAUUCCCGUCCUCCUCGUUUCCUUCACAUUUUCGCCUUUAUGACGCAUCUAACGUUCCCCUCUUCCGCGUUAUAAGUCGUUUCGGUCCUCGUACGCACGAGCGCCAAUUACACGUCGCUAAUAACACGCCAGACAAUCGAGAGUAGAGUCGUAUGAGUCGAGAAAUGCAUAUAUUAUACAUAUAUAUAUAUAUGUAUAUAUAUAUAUAUACAGCAGUCAAACGUAGAAAAAAAGUCGAAGAAGAAGAGAACGCAGGCGGAGAAGCGUUUCCACGGUGCGAAAGAUUCGUAUUCCUCGACGAACGUGACGCAAUUACGCGAUAAUUCUUAUCGAUCCGAGUGGAAUUCGUUCGUUUCUCAAUCACCUCUUUUCCGUGAAUUUCCUUUUCCUUUUCUCGAAUUUGCUGGAAAAUGCUUAUUCGGGGGGGAAGAUAUUCUAUUCUUCCUGCAUUUCCAGUUCUUAACACUCGCGCAAGGCGCGAAAAUAUUUAAUCUAAAUUCUUCAGCAUCGUUUCGCAUUAUUUUUCCCUCCACCUGCGACAACGAACAAUAAACGGAAAAAGAACAUUGGAACAUGGUACGGUGACUACCUUAUUCGGAGAAAAAGUAAAUCGAAUCUCCUCUCCUUCGACUUCCGAGUGUGUAUUAAUAAAAACGGAGCGUCAGCAAUCGUUUAUCUUUCAACACGCGUGUCGAAACCUUUCUCCCCGGACCUCGUUUGGCACCUCGCUGAAUAUCGAGUUGUCCUUCCGCCCGAAAAGGAGAUCGAACGAAUUUUUUAAUUCCUCCCCUGCGCGUAGGGAAAGCCGAGCCCGCCUCUUACGGGAGAAGAGGAUUAAGAAACUUCUCUCCAUCAUCUCUCCGACCGGGGUAACACCCGAUCCAAGAAACGGAAUCCGACAGAGACGCCGACGAACCUUUCGCACCGACUUAAUUCAAUCCAAGAGAAAAAAGACCAAGAGAGCGGAGAGCGGGUGAAUCAUGAGGCGCGUCCGGAAUCGCGUCGGUCCGAUUUGCGUGGGGUCGAACGCCACUUCCGGGCCUCAUGGCUCCCCGUGGGCGCUGCGUUUACCGCCAAAGUCGUUACCGUGUCUGCAAGAUAUCUGCACUUUCGUGUACUUGCUUUACCUACCUACGCAUUGUCGCGUGCGAUAUGUGCUGUGUACGGCUUCGUGCGUGCGCGCGUGCGCGCGCGCGCGCGCGCGUGUGUGUGUGUGUAUGUGUACGCCCGUCUGCAUAUGCGUGUGCGUGUGUGCGCUUGUUACCGAGUGUGGGUGCGUGACUGUUGUAAGAAUAUAAACCAAAUACCGCGCACUGCCGUUUCUCGUUAGGUACAUUCGCUUGCGUAACUAGGUGCCAUUUAGACGAUAUAGCUCAUCGCAUCUCUAACACUCGUUCUCGAGCCGGCCGACGACCAUUCAACACCACCACCAUCACCACCAUCAUCACUGCCGAGUCACGGCCAAGUCGGUAGUUUCCGGACGAAACCGCGGAACACACACCCUCGGUGGGGCGCCGUCUCGUAGCCCGAGAGGGUCGCUCUCUCCCUCUCUCUCUCUCUCUCUCUCUCUCUCUCUCUCUCUCUCUCUCUCUCUCUCUCUCUCUCUCUCUCUCUCUCUCUCUCGAGGAGCGAAAGGGGGAGCGAAAUAAAACCGCGAAAAGGGACGCUUCUCCGAGUGUUCCGCCGGCAACAAUUGAAAUAUCGGGAAGUAUAUUGAAUAUACGAGCGCGUUGAAUAUGCAACAACACACAGAGAGAAAGAGCGGUCUCCGUUCUCUCGCCUCGGGGAUCACCCAAGACUCCUUUUAUUAUCCUUCGAUCCCUCGUGACUCCUCUUUAUCCCGCGGGUUUAUAUCUGCGAGAACACCAAAUGCGUCGCGCACCGCCGUAUCUCCGCUAUCUCGAGCGACUAGAAAAACUUUGCUCGCGUAAUCCCGGCGAGUUUCCGCCGUCUCUCUUACGUGGUUGGUCCGUUGCGUCGCGCGCGCGACGGAUGAACGACGAUUUUCGGCUGCCGCACGCGCGAUCGUUACUCUCGAAGUUCCUCGCCCGAAGUGAGACCUCGCUCGAAGAACGAGGAGUGGACAUCGGCGCGAUUCGAUAUCGCGAAAACAUCGCCGUUCGGGGCUGGAUGUUUUGCAACUCGAAGAUGGUCAUCGGACGGAUUUGUAAUCCAUACGAGGGAACGUCGAAUUCGAUCGCGAGAGAAUUCGCUGCAAUUACGACGGACAUAUGUCGCAUGGGAUCUUUUCGAUUUCAAGUAAUAAAUAAGAAUGAAGCGUUUUAUGAUUAUUAAAUGAUAAGUAAUAAUAAAGUGUCUAGUAACAGGAGGGAAUUUCGAGUGGGAAUGUUCAGCCGACGAUUCGAAGCGGAAAAUUCGUUAUUUACGAGUGAAAAGUCUCGCUCGAGCGAGACCGGCUGUCACUCCGCUUUUCGAGUGGAAUUUCACUGGAGGAAAUUUCCAGAGUAAAAAUCAUAGGAAUCGACACCGGGAAUUUUCGGAUUCGAACGGUAUCCGUACUUCGGACGAUUCUGAAUAAUUCGAAUCUCGAGGUGGAGCCUCGAACCGGUCUCGAACUUGAGACGUUGCGUUUCGAAGCGCUCGGAAAUCUAAGCAUCACCGCACAUACGAUACACACACACACACACACACACACACACACAUACCCACAAGUAAAAAAAAUCGAAGCGACGCUACACUGUAUCCGCAAUUCGCCGAGAUUACACCCAGCACCCUCGCGAUCGGCCAGUCUCAUGCGUGAGACGCAGAUCUCGCAGAGUUAGCAAAGUAAAUAUCCUUGAUAUCCUCGGGUACUGAAAAUCCUUCAUCCUCGACCAGGCGCGACGCGGCACGCCGCCAAUAAAAUCCUCGACUCGUCCCCGUCCGUCCGUCCGACCUACCGACCGACCGAGCGUCCGAUCGGCCGCUCUCAGCAGCGCACAGUCGGACUCCUUGAUUCUUCCCGAGGGGGAUAAAACGGGUGAGUUUGUCUGAAAUUCCUCCGACAAGCAGAAUAAACAUGCCCUCUCUCGCGUGAGACGACCGAGCGAGAGGCGAACGUGACAUUGCGUGUUGACUUCUGCUUCCCUCCAGCCUCCGGCGUUGUCGGGCGUUUUUACCUUCCGCUGUCCGAUUCGUCGGUGAUCUCGAGGACACAUUCGACAUACGUAGAUAUCUAUGUACGUACGGAGGGAGAAUCAAAUGAAGUAAGUAAAACGCGCGGCGGUGAACUUCUUCCUCUCUCUGUGUCGCAUUAUAAUUCAGCAAAACCAAAGAGACAGGAAGAAAAUGUCGCGGGGAAGGAAAGAAAAAGGAGAAGAGCGAAAAUAUAAGAGGAAAGAAGGUUCAUGUAUUGUUACUCGUGGAGGUCGACGAGAUACGUACGGAAAACCAAACAGCACGUUGAACCGAAAGUUACACGGGCAGCGGUACCAGCGGUGCAGGCUCGGAACUUUCUAUUAGUUAGAGAAACCAGCGACACCCCGCGCGCGAUACAAAGAGGUAUGGUCGUGUUGCGUAUGUAUACACAUAAACACACACACACGCACACCACACACACACACACACACACGCACACACGCACGCACACACAUAUACAUACACAUAUGCUGCAAGCCACUGCCACAAUUUUUCCUGACGUACAAUCAUCGUCGUCGUCCUGUCGCUACCUUCGCAGCAGGAGGCCACGUUGGACUCUUUCGUCGGAAACAGAGAAAGAAAAAAGGGAGAAAAAAAGCGAAACGGCGAAAAACGCACGAGUACCAAGACACACGUACGACGGAUGACGUGUGUGAAAUUCGCAAGGAGAAAACACGCGGGAAUUAAUUAUCUUAUAAAUAUAAUCAUCUAAAGAGCGUACUAUACGAUAUAACGAUACCGAUAUACCGAUAACGUGGAGCGCCGCGCGCCCCUCGCGGAACAAUGACGAAGAGAGAAUUGAAACAAAAAGAAUUAUCGAUAAUGUUGAGGUUGUUUGUCAUAGUAUAUGCGUUGUCAUAGAGUAACGUGAUAUGUCUAUAUAGUAUAUGAAAAUAUGUCGGGCCGCGCAUGCAGUGGCAGAGCAAUCGCCACCGCCGCCGCCGCCGCCGCCGCCGCCGCCGCCGCCGCCGCCGCCGCCGCCGCCGCCUCCGCUGCCGCCGGUCAGGCUUUAGCGGUUUUCAUUAGCGGAACAUUGCCGUAGCCCGAGAGUCGAGACCGCGAAGGAGGUGUGGGUGAGUCAAGGGUCAUCGGGUCUCGACCUCGAUGGAUCGGCCAGAAGAAGAGAAAGAGGGAGAGAAGGAGGGAGGGGGAGAGGGUGGCGAAGAGACGUCGAAUGCCGCGUUUGCGGGGCGAGAAACGCACGCUUGUUCCUUUCUUCCUGGUUGUUUCUUCUUGCGCGAGGUCGCUGUCGCCGUCGUCGUCGUCGUCGUCGUCGUCGUCGCCGCCGACGCGCCACAGUGCGGCACGACACACCUGUUGUUGGCUGAGAAGCGCGCGUGUAAUUAAAAUGAAAACGUCAGAAAGGGGAGAGAGGGGGAAGAAAGAAAAGUAUCAACGGGGGUAGCGCGCGUCCACCACGUUACCGGGGGACUCUUUGACUCCGCCGAUGCGGCGACACAGGACGAGGAAACUGCGAGCGACGCGACGCGCCACUCCCACUCUCGUUUCUCUUAACCCUUUCGCGCCGUACCGGGAGGUAGCAGAGGAUUCGUUAGAUCGACACGGGGAUCUCCGUCUGAAUUGUCCCGCAACCCCCUCUCACCCCUCUCUCUCACGAGAACAGAUUGUCAGGGAUUAUUCCGAGAGGGUGAACGAGGAGGUUCGUUCGCUCGUUCGUUCGUUCGUUCGUUCGUUCGUUCGUUCGUUCGUUUGCUUCGUCGUGUCGAGCAUAUAAACACAGUGAAGUGUAUACACGUAACGUAUGUAAUUAACGUUCUCAUUAAUUCCCGCGUACAGUCACUCUGCAAUUUCGCAGCUCCUUCGGCUGUCGUAAAUUCCGUUUCGAUAUCACGCGGCGGGGUUGCAGCACGUUAAGUUUCUCCUUUUAAUUUAUUGUCUGAAAGUUGUCAGUACAAAUACUUUUCGCGUCGUCACCAGGUAAAGGAUAAGGAUUUAUACAGGCGGUGGCGAAAGGGUUAACAGUUAUCCUGCAAACGUAGGAUAAUAAAACGAAGAAAAAACAAAUAAAAAUAAAAGAAAAAGUAGCAUGUUAAGAUAACUUCCUUUUUUGUCGUUUUUUCUCUCCUCCCUCCUCUCUCUCUCUCUCUCUCUCUCUCUUUAUUUUUCUCUAUUUCUCUCUUUCUCUCUCCCCCCUCGCUACGGAAUCCAUUAAUGAUCCUGAUCGCGAGACAUUCAACUCUUAUAGAUACCAAAGAUAAGGAAAGUUCGGUGUUAGUUCUUAGGAAACUCUCAUCUCUCGUACACGAUUUACGGUCCGCCUGAAGUCGCAUUAUAAAUAAAAUAGACUAACUAAUACAUCGUUAAACUUGAUAUGUGAAUAAAUGAACGAGUACGCUGUCAAUCAGUCACUGUAAGUCGAAUAAAACGGGAGACCUUGAAUGUUCAUGGGAUUCCUCCCCCUCCUCGCCUCUCUCUCUUUCUCUCCAUCUUCCUCUCUUUCUCUCUCUCUCUCUCUCUUUCUCUCUUCUUGAUAUUAAUAAAUUGACCGACGAGCAGGAAGAGACAGAUCACAAUGUGAAGGAAUGAUCGACGAAUCGAUCGCGAAUUUAAUUAAGAGAAUAAGUAAUUAACAAAGCCGAGCAAUUGGUCGAUCUUCCAACGUCGCAGCAUCUCUCUUCGUUCGUCCGUCGAUUUUCGUGCGCCUUUUGGCACGUACACAUAUACACAUA